UCAGAUGACUGCGCGACGCAAAAGAAAAGGGGGUUUUCAUAGUUCCUGUAAGAUUGUGGCUAUUUUGUUUAACCAAACACGGAAUUUUCGUGAUCAAAGUAAAUUGAAGCCUAAAAACACCCGCGCUAAAAUGGCAAGAAGAUUAUAACUGGCAGGGGUGCAGUACAGUUACAUAAUCAAGAUUGCAGGCAUAUCGAAACCAGAAGCACAAGGAAUUAUUAUAUAGACUUUAUAUUGUCCACUUGGAAGGCGGGGAAUACAAAGCACCGUGUAAUCAAUACAGCAUUUGAAUGCAUCCGUUAUUCACAAACUAUUCAAAAAAGAAUCCACUUUGCCAGUACAACUUCAUCUUUUGGAAGAAAUCGACAAUCUACUAACGCAGUACAUGGAUUAUCUGUUCCUGUCUCAGAUGAAGUUGAGGACUACUGCAUGUCUUUUGCUGCACUGGGUCUCACAUUGAAGUGCGAUUGCCUCCCUGCUGUUCUCUCUCUGCCUUCCCCCUGGCCCUGUUCAAUUACCCUGGCUGGCUUGUUUGUUGUUGGGGGUAACGCUGUUGCCGUGGAUGAUGUCUGAGUGCAUGCAGCUCUCGUUUGCUCUGUGCAGGAUUGGCUUUUUCACGUGUUUUCGAGCGCUCUGCUGUAAAGGACCACCCCCGCCAAGACCGGAGUAUGAUGUGGUGUGCAUCGGACUGACUGGCGCCGGCAAAACCAGCCUCCUCUCCCGCCUCUGCAGUGAAGGAACAGACAACGUCGUACCCACCACAGGUUUUAGUAUCAAAGCCGUACCAUUCCAGAAUGCCAUCCUAAAUGUAAAGGAACUUGGAGGUGCUGACUCGAUAAAGAAGUACUGGAGCCGGUACUACCAGGGCUCCCAGGGCGUGAUCUUCGUUCUGGACAGCGCCUCCUCGGAGGAGGACCUGGAGCUGGCCCGGACGGAGCUGCACUCGGCCCUGCAGCACCCUCAGCUCUGCACGCUGCCCUUCCUCAUACUGGCCAACCACCAGGACAAGCCUGCCGCACGCUCGCUACAGGAGAUCAAGAAGUAUUUUGAAUUGGAACCUCUGGCACGAGGGAAGAGUUGGAUACUAGAAGCCAGUUCAGUGGACAACAUGGAGGCUGUGAGGGAAAGCUUCAGUCAGCUGAUCGGCUUGCUGGAAGAUAAAGACGUGGAACCAGGAAGGAUAUGAAUGCGGUGAAUAGAGACUACAGCCCAAACACAAACUGUUAGAAAACAGCUGGUAUCUCACUGUAUCUGUGCUGUUCCUGAUGAUGGGGAUCAAUCAAAAUGGAUCUCAAUAUCUGAAAAAAUGACUAUUACAGCAGAAAACGCAGACAGUCAAUGGCCAUAUGGCACCGUAAAGGAAGGCCACGAAUAUCAGUUCAGUCAUCUCGAUAUGAUGAAAAUGAUAAGAAAAUAAAAGUUGUUAAUAUCAAAACAAUAUAUGUAUAUAUUGUUUACUCCUGUGUGCCAUUUUAAAAACAUGGUUUAAUUGAAAUGUAGAGCAUUUUUGGGAGUAAAUGUGUCUUGAGUACCUGUGUAGUUGCGUAUUGCUACUGAACACUAUUUUUAAAAGCAUAUGCUUGAUAUUUAGAAUGACUGGAAAGCAUGGUUGUCAGACAUAUCCUGGGAACAUGACCUGUUUUAGUGACACACAUUUGUAGUCGAAAGCCUUAAGUAACAGGAUCGUUUUUCUUUUGUUUGUUUUUUAAACCAUCAAAUAUUUUAAGUGUUUUUGCAUAUCUAUCACCUAAUCUAGUUAAUUUCUGCAAGUGCGUCAGGACUGUAAUGGUGGGAUCGAAAGCUGUCCAGAAAUUGAUAGACAACUUGAAUUAAGGAAAGCUAGUUUGUUAGAGUAAAAUGCAUGUUCUAGCGCUCAACAAAGAGCAUAACAGCAUCAUCUCUGAUCCUUUAGAGGCUUUUAUUCUCUCUAAAGGGACAUUAUCUUAAAUUGACAGAAGUUUCCUAGAACUAUGAAUUGUCUUUUCUUCUGGAAAGAAUAAUCAAUCACAGACCAAAAGCAAUACAGGCCUCUGUUAUCUUUCACUUUCAAUUUGAGCCUAUUUUCAUUAAUGCUGGUGGUCUCAGAGCUCACACAGUCAUGUCAGUAUCAAGCAAAGUAAAUAAUGCUUAAAUGUAUUAGUCAAAAGACAAAGCACAUCAUGGUGAAUUUAGUCUGUAGUGUUAGGUGGAUAUAAGCCUGCACAUCCUCAGUCUAUAAGAAUCUAUACACAUGUUUAUGUACAAUAAGUACAGUCUUUACAAGCACUUAAGCUUGUAAAGAUAUUUUAUUCUGGCUCAAGUGUUUAGAUAAGUAUGUAAUAUUUGUUAUCUAGGAUUUGGUUGCGGCGCUUUAUGUUGUUGUCGUUCUUGUUGUGGUGAUUGCUUUUGAAUGUUAAACACCCCUGUACUUGUAAACAAAAAAGAAAUGAGGCUGUCUGUUGCAUAUCUCUUCAUGUGGAAUGCAAACACUAUCAAUCAGCAGCCAUGACAGUUGUGCCUGAACAGUGGCCAUCUGACGCUUCAUUUCUUCCAACUGUUUGAUAAGAACCCUUUUCGCCCACCACUUCUCCCCCAGUGCUCAUACCCGUACACUCCAACUUCUGACAUUGUAAUAGUGAAACUCAAUCAGCAGCUAACAUUACGACGUUCAACUCUCAAGGUCCCACUACGUGUCCCAAAGUGCUUAGCGCAAAGGAAAAAAGUUUUAUCAUACUCUCACUUCUUUUUUAAGAGUAUACUUGGUGCAUUUUGUUGUAUUUAUAGAAUCAACCAAAUUUUUAUACCCUAUUAGCCAAUUCAGCUGCCUUUUUUUGUAAUUCAUUUAUAAUAGCAAGGAAUUUGUACAUUUAUUACAGGUAGUCUUGUUAGUGGACUAGGCAUAUGCCUGUGUUUGUACUGGAAUAUUCUAUAUUUAGCAGUUAAUUUUGGUGGGUCAUUCACAAGUUCUGCUGUGUAUAUGUGUAAUUUAUACAUGAUUCCCACUGUCCAACAAUGACAAUAAAGGCUGAAUGAAGAAUCUGUA